AUGUUCCGCAACAACUACGAUAACGAUUCAGUCACAUUCUCGCCCCAGGGCCGAAUAUUCCAGAUUGAGUAUGCCGCCGAAGCUGUAAAGCAGGGUUCGGUAGUUGUUGGCAUCGUCAGCAAGACACACGCCGUCCUUUGCGCCGUCAAGCGCAACGCCGAAGAACUCUCAUCAUACCAAAAGAAGCUAUUUACCAUUGACGAGCAUGCCGGCAUCGCCAUUGCAGGCCUCACAUCCGACGCCCGCGUCCUCUCCAACUUUAUGAAGCAGCAGUGCCUCGGCCACCGGCUGACGUAUGGCCGCGCCAUGCCCCUGCGUAACCUCAUCAACAUGAUUGGCGACAAGGCGCAGCUCAACACGCAGAUGUACGGCAGACGGCCCUACGGCGUGGGCCUGCUCAUCGCGGGCGUCGACGAGACGGGCCCGCACCUGUUCGAGUUCCAGCCCUCAGGCAUGACGGAGGAGAUGACGGCCUUUGCCAUCGGCGCCCGUAGCCAGAUGGCCCGCACGUACCUCGAACGCCACGUUGAAAGCUUUGCCGACUGCUCCCGCGAGGAGCUCGUUCAGCACGGCUUGCGCGCGCUCCGCGAGAGUCUGGUCCAGGACAAGGAGCUGACGGUUGACAACACCUCGGUCGGGCUGGUCGGCGUCAAGUCUGAGGGCGGCAAGGGCAUAGAGCAGUUCAAGUUGUACGACGAGUUCGAGGUCAAAGAGUGGAUUGACAGCGUUGGGGAGGUUGGGGAGAGCCAAGGAGGCAUGGAGGUGGAUGGUUAG